GUGUGUGUGACGCUCCUCCCUCUUCUCUGGAGCUGCAGGUCCGGUGCCGGCGGGGGCAGUUUUUGCCAUGUUUGGAAAUGCUGGAGUCGCCUCCGAGAGAAGGACGAGGAGGUGGUGGUUUAGGAAGGAGGGCGAGUCGACGACAGGGCGAAGCCAAAUCCCCCGGCCAUGGCCCAAGCCAAGAUCAACCAGCUGAAGAGCGGCGACGGGGACAACAAGUUCCUGCGCUCCAUGUCCAUGGCAGACCGGUCUGGCCGCUUGCUGGAGACACUGGACGAGCUGGAACUGAGAGUGGAGACUUUGCGGGAGGCAGCAGCUUCAAUGGAGCAGGAGAAAGAGACUCUGCUGGAACUGAUCCAGAGUGUGCAGAUCAGCCAGGACAUGAGGAAUAUCAGUGAUGGGGAGCGAGAGGAACUGAACUUGACCGCCAAUAGGCUGAUCGGCCGGACGCUGACGGUGGUGGUUUCUGUGCAGACCAUCCGCAGUGCCCAGCAGGAGGAGUUCCUCAGCAGAGCCACGGCGCUGAUUGACGAGGAGGUCGACAAGCUCCUGCAGGACGUGGCAAGCGCCAAGAGCCGCCUGGUCGCUCUCUACAACGCCUGCUCCUCCGAGGCCGUGCAGGGCCCCGUCAAUCAGAAAUUCCAGUCCAUCAUCGUCGGCUGCUCUUUGGAAGAUCAAAAGAAAAUCAAGACCAGACUGCAGAAGCUGAUCAGAAACGUGUGCAGCGCUGACAGAUCCAUCGCCCUCCUGGACCAGAAGGCGGCACAGACCGGCAACUACAACCACCUCCAACAAAAUCAGUGUUACACUUACACAGGGACAAUUCCAGAAUUUUGGAGGAUCACUACAAAUGCAGUCAUCUUUUAGAACCCCUGGAUAACACCGGAGAUGGAAAAUGAAAAGUAAGAUGGCUGCAUUAUUCUGUGGAGAAGAGAAAAUAAUGAAACAUUGUGAUAUCCAGUUCUCCUCACAUAAGUACAUUAAAAGGAGCUAAAAAGGCAAUUUAAGAUUAUUCUACAAAUAAUCCACAUCACAAGUUUGCUUGCUAUUUAUGUGAACACAGAACCUAAUAUAAGAUUGGCAAAAAAAAUGACACCUGAAUGAGGGUCCUGCCAACUUCAUUAGUGUACCUUCACUAAAGCAUGUUACAUCACUAAAUGUUAUUAUUUGUAAGUUCAAACCUCAUGAAAACUUAUUUUAACCUUCAAAAGGCUGGAGCAACCCCACAGAUCAAACAGCAAGAUUCCAGCAUCUCCAUUAUCCUAAUCUACCUUCAUUUUCAUGUAUGGAAAUGUGGCAAAUUGUUAGCAAAAGUUAACUAAACUAGGUUCAUGUGCAAAUCUCAAAUCACCUCCUUUAAAAUCUCCAACGGAGAAAUAACCUAUCUGGCUAUUAUGCCAGUUUGUUUCUCAAGGCCUUGUCCUGGCCUAAAUCUUCUCACAAUAUCAGCUGCAUAUUCUUCUAUUCCCUUUCCCUUAAAUACAUCCAUACUCAUUGCUCAGUUACCCCUCGUGGCAAUGAGCUGCACACACUUGCCAUUGAGGAAAUUCUCCAAAACCCUCUCUUAUUUUUAUUGAUGGCUGCCUUGCAUUAAUGCCCCCCUAGUUUUAGCCUCGAUGUGUGGAAACAUUAGCUGUUGCCUGCUGAACCCACGCCUCAGAUUGCAAGACCUCUUUUUGGUCACCACAUAACAGACAAUAUUGCAUGAAAGAGCAGAUGAAAUUAAAUGACUAAGAUGCCAUUGUUUCAGUGUGCAGUUCGUGUAGGUAUUACUGAGAGUAACAAUCACUACAUGAAAUUGUGGCUGCUGAUAUAUGGUUAAACUAUAGAAUGUGUCAUGUUUACAAUUGUGCAGUCUUUUACAUUCCUGUCUAAAUGCUAUAGCUUUUCUACAGUCUGUUACUGUGCAAAAUACAAACACAUUCUUUUCUGAUGAUGCACACUUUCACUGAAUUGGAAUAAAAUAAUAAAUCAUGUUUAGUGUGAUAUUUGAGUGGUGCAAUGAUGGUGACAGGGUUUGGCUCUGUGGACUUGAGUUCUUUUGAGCACAGUGA